AUGGCUUACGAAAGAUCAAUUAUCAUCACCGGCGGGACGGUGAAUCUAGGCUACUACACCGCGCUACAGAUUGCCAAGGCACAUCCCGAAUACCUAAUCAUCGUAUCAUCGCGAUCAGACCGCGAGCAUGCCGCAGAUACCAUCAAUAAAACGCUCGGCCAAGAAAACGUAGUUUACAUCCCGCUGGAUCUCUCAAGCCUACAGAGUGUACGCACUUUUGCUGAAGAUUGGGCGUCGAAGAACUACCCCCCUAUACAAGCCCUAGUUUUCAACGCGGCUCUGCAGCAUCCUGGGUCAUUAGUCAAAACCGUUGACGGCCUCGAAUCAACUUUCGGCGUCAACCACGUUGGCCACGCUCUACUCUUCCAUCUCCUGUGUCCUUACCUCGCUCACAAGGCCCGGGUGGUUGUCGUUUCUAGCGGGACUCACGACCCAGACCAAAAUACGGGUGGUAUGCCCAAGCCGAACUAUAUAAGUGCCGAGGAGAUGGCACACCCCACCUCUGCCUCAGCUAAUAACCCUGGUCGUCAGCGGUACGUCGAAAGCAAGCUCGCGAACAUACUGUGGACGUACGCGCUCGACCGCCGUCUAAAACAGCGUGUUCCAGAGCGAGACAUCACAGUUAAUGCCUUUGACCCAGGUCUGAUGCCAGGCUCCGGGCUAGCGCGUGAAGCCGGUGGAUUUCUACGGUUCCUUUGGAUGCAUGUCCUUCCAAGAGUCAUUCCACUUCUUAGGGUUAUCUUCGUCCCGAAUAUCCAUCAUCCGAAUGAAUCUGCGACUUCGCUAAUGCGUCUCGCGGUUGGCUCGGAUCUAGAAGGCGAAAGUGGUAAGUACUUCGAGGGUAAAAAGGCUAUCAAGAGUAGCAAGGAGAGCUAUGAUGAGGUUAGACAAGACGAUGUUUGGCAAUGGACAGUGAAUUAUCUGGCUAAAGGGGAUGAGGAACGGCAACACUUCGAGCAGUUCAAAUAA